AUGGAGCCGGAGGAGCAAGCAGCGGCUGACGACGUGGUGUGCCGGGCGGUGCUAGGGAGAAACCACCGCGACGAUGGCAGGAACAAGCUGCUCCGCCAGCUGAUCGACGUCAACAUGUCGCUCCUGGGAGGGUUCAACGUUGAGGAUUACUUCCCGAGCUUGGCAGUGGCGGACGUGUUCACCGGCAUGGUGGUGUGCCCCAGGGCUAGGAGGGUUCGCAAGAGGUGGGACAAACUGCUCCACAAGCUCAUCGACGAGCACGGGCGCCAGCGCGAGCAGGACGAUGCCAGCGCAGACUUCAUACACGUGUUGCUCGCCCAGCAGGAAGAGUACGGCCUCACCACAGACAACGUCAAGGCGAUCUUGCUGGACAUGUUUGAAGCGGGGACAGAGACGACAUAUCUGGUGCUGGAAUUCGCGAUGGCAGAGCUGAUGAACAACCCGCACGUCAUGGCCAAACUGCAAGCGGAGGUGAGGAGGAGGCGUGCGCCAGCGGUGGCCGUAGGCAAGGACGAAGGAGAUUUACAACAAGACGUGGUCACAGAGGAGGAGCUCGGCGACAUGGCCUACCUGAAGGCCACCGUGAAGGAGACGCUGAGGCUGCACCCGCCGGUGCCGCUGCUCCUCCCCCACCUCUCGAUCGCCGACUGCGAGGUCGACGGCUACGUGAUCCCUGCCGGGACGCGGCUCAUGGUCAACGCGUGGGCCCUCGCGAGGGACCCCGCGUCCUGGGAGGCGCCGGACGAGUUCGCGCCGGAGAGGUUUCUCCAGGGAGGCAGCGCGGCGGCGGUCGACAGCAAGGGAAAGGACUUUGAGUUUCUGUCGUUCGGGUCCGGGCGGAGGAUCUGCCCCGGCAUAAACUUCGCGAACACUGCCGUUGAGAUGAUGCUAGCGAACCUUAUGUACCAUUUCGACUGGGAGCUGCCGGCGGGGACGAAGGAGGUCGACAUGAGUGAGGUGUUCAGCUUGUCGAUCCGCCGUAAGGAGAAGCUCCUCGUUCCAACUCCAAGAUCUUGCCGCGAGGAGUGA